AUGUCACUGAGAACGGACAACCAUGCAGCUACGUCGACGCUGAAGAAGGUCGCUGCAGACAUGAGCAACAUCAUCGAGAGCCUGGACACCAGGGAGCUCCACUUCGAGGGGGACGAGGUCGACUCGGAGGUCCUAAAUGACCCAAAAGGGUUUGUGGUCCUUCCAGCGUGCAUUCCCUUCUCUGCCAUCUAUCACACGCGUGGGUUCAAAGAGCCAGGCACACAGACGUACCUCACGGGAUGUCCUAUUCGAGUGCGCGUGUUGGAGGUCGAACGCUUUACUUCCACAAAGAAGGUACCAAGCCCCAACGUAUACACCAUCGAGCUGACCCAUGGGGAGUUCACCUGGCAGGUGAAAAGGAAGUUCAAGCACUUCCAGGAGUUUCACAGGGAGCUGCUGAGGUACAAAGCCUUCGUGCGCAUCCCUAUCCCUACCAGGAGUCACACAGUGAGAAGACAAUCCAUCAAAAGGGGAGAACCGAGGCAGAUGCCGAGUCUGCCGCACACUGCAGAAAGCACGGUGCGGGAAGAGCACUUCUCUAGCAGGAGGAAACAACUGGAAGACUACUUGACAAAGAUCCUAAAAAUGCCAAUGUACAGGAACUACCAUGGAACAAUGGAGUUCAUUGGAGUAAGCCAGCUGUCAUUCGUCCACGACCUGGGACCAAAGGGCAUAGAAGGAUUGAUCAUGAAGCGCUCCGGGGGCCACCGCAUACCUGGCCUGAACUGCUGCGGCCAAGGAAGGAUGUGCUACCGAUGGUCCAAAAGGUGGCUGGUGGUGAAGGACUCCUUCCUGCUGUACAUGAAGCCAGACUCGGGGGCCAUUGCCUUUGUCCUGCUCGUGGAUAAGGAAUUCAGCAUUAAGAUAGGUCAGAAAGAAACGGAGACUAAAUAUGGGUUGCAGAUCGACAAUCUCUCUAGGUCGCUGAUUUUGAAGUGUAACAGCUACAGACACGCGCAGUGGUGGAGGCAGGGCAUCGAUGAGUUCGUUCGGAAACACGGCAAGGACUUCCUCACCGAGCAUCGCUUCGGCUCCUACGCAGCCGUGCAGGAGAACACGCUGGCCAAGUGGUAUGUAAACGCUAAGUGGUACUUCGAAGAUGUCGCGAAUGCCAUGGAAGCUGCUAAGGAAGAAAUUUUCAUCACAGAUUGGUGGCUGAGCCCAGAAAUCUUCAUGAAACGACCCGUUGUGGAAGGAAACCGCUGGCGGCUGGACUGCAUCCUCAAGCGGAAAGCACAACAAGGAGUGAGGAUUUUUGUUAUGCUGUACAAAGAGGUGGAGCUUGCCCUAGGGAUCAAUAGUGAAUACAGCAAGCGGACGCUCAUGCACCUCCAUCCAAACAUUAAGGUGAUGAGACACCCAGACCACGUGUCCUCCUCCGUGUACCUCUGGGCCCACCACGAGAAGCUCGUCAUCGUUGACCAGUCCGUGGCGUUUGUAGGUGGCAUCGACUUGGCAUACGGCAGGUGGGAUGACGACGAGCACCGCCUGACCGACGUGGGCAGCGUCAAACGAAUGGCGGCAGUGAAGUCGGUGUCGACGACCAACCUGGCAGUAACAGAGUCGUCUGAACAUGUCCCUCUGCAAUCUCAAGCUCUAUCCCCAGAAUGCCACUUGUUCCAGAGAAGUGCUGAUGAUGUCCCAGACACAUCAAAGAUGAAAGGAGUAGGAAAAUCCAAAAAGUUUUCCAGGUUCAGUAUUUACAAGCAUCUCCAUAAGCACGGAAUGCACCAUGCUGACAGUGUCAGCAGCAUAGACAGUGAGUCGAGUUACUGUAACCCCACUAGAAGUCAACCGAAUAUAAUCCAGAGUUUAAAGCCCCAUCUGAAAAUGUUUCAUCACCACAGUGAAUCCAAACAGGGGCUCACUGAGCCUCAGGAGGAUAGAGGAUCCAUCCGCAGCUUGAAGACGGGUGUUGGUGAGCUGCUUGGGGAAACCAGGUUCUGGCAUGGCAAAGACUAUUGCAACUUCGUCUUCAAGGACUGGGUUCAACUUGACAAACCUUUUGCUGACUUCAUUGACAGAUACACGACCCCGAGGAUGCCCUGGCACGACAUCUCCUCCGUGGUGCAUGGCAAAGCGGCGCGUGAUGUCGCCCGACACUUCAUCCAGCGCUGGAAUUUCACCAAGAUCAUGAAGCCUAAAUACAGAUCCCUGUCCUACCCAUUCCUGUUGCCAAAAUCUCAGCAAACUGCUAACGAGCUGAAGUAUCAGGUGCCCGAGGCCGUUCAUGCCACAGUCCAGGUGAUCCGUUCUGCUGCUGACUGGUCGGCUGGCAUUAAAUAUCACGAGGAGUCCAUCCACAAUGCCUACAUCAGCGUGAUACAGAACAGCAAACACUACAUAUACAUAGAGAACCAGUUUUUUAUUAGCUGUGCUGAUGACAAGGUUGUCUGGAACAAGAUCGGCGAUGCGAUUGCUCAGAGGAUUCUUAAAGCUCACAGGGAAAACAAGCGUUUCCGAGUAUACGUGGUGAUCCCGCUGCUGCCUGGCUUCGAGGGUGACAUUUCGACCGGCGGGGGGAACGCGCUGCAGGCCAUCAUGCACUUCAACUACAGGACCAUGUGCCGAGGAGAAAACUCAAUCCUGGGCCAGCUGAAGACAGAGGUUGGAGAUAAGUGGAUAAACUACAUAUCAUUCUGUGGACUUCGAACAUAUGCAGAGUUGGAAGGAAAACUAGUCACAGAGCUCAUCUAUGUUCACAGCAAACUGCUUAUUGCUGAUGACAACACCGUUAUAAUCGGCUCCGCCAACAUCAACGACCGCAGCAUGCUGGGGAAGCGGGACAGCGAGAUGGCCAUCAUCGUGCAGGACACCGAGACCGUCCCCUCCGUGAUGGACGGCGAGCAUUACAGCGCUGGGAAGUUUGCCCAGUCCCUCCGGCUGCGGUGCUUCAGGGUUGUCCUUGGUGGCUCUGAUCUCAGUCCGGAACACCAGGAUCCUGUCUGUGACAAAUUCUUCAAGGAGGUAUGGAUUUCUACAGCAGCUCGCAAUGCCACCAUCUUCGAUAAGGUUUUUCGAUGCCUUCCCUGUGACCAGGUGAAUAAUUUAACCCAACUGCGUGACUUCAUCAACAAGCCCAAAUUAGCAAACGAUGAUCCUGUGAGAGCAGCAGAAGAAUUAAAAAAGAUUCGUGGGUUUUUAGUACAAUUCCCCUUCCGUUUUCUGGAGGAAGAGUACUUGCUUCCCUCUGUCGGAACGAAGGAGUCCAUGGUACCCAUGGAGGUUUGGACUUAA